AUGGCGACGUUCAUUAGCACAGCUUUGUGUCUUGUAGCUUGUGUUUUACUGAAUGUUCAAGGGAAAAACGAACUAGUACCAACGUACUUUGCAAGAAAGUAUAAGAAUGGAAGCUAUAUUGAUGCGACUAUUAAAUCCAACUGGUUAAAAAUCACGCUGCGUCCUAGCUCAGUGCUGCUACAAAGUUCAAACACAGCAACUCUGAAUGUUCACCCUUCUCUUGUUAAAAAUGCUCAAUAUGUCAAUGUUACUUGGAAGGGUGUUGAAAAUGCAAGCGCAGAUGAUAUGAUAGCUCUAUACUGUCCAGAGACAUCCAAAGACAAUGACUAUUAUGACUUCUUUAAUGUGAACCAGUCUUCAACGUACAGUCAAGGUUAUGGUGAAUAUGCUGUGCGAUUAUAUAAUGUGAGGACAAAUUGUGAAAUGCGAUAUUUUCGAUGCGUGAAUAGUUCAACAGGGCAGCAGGAAUUUGUAGCAAGAAGUAAUAUUGUGAUGUUUGAAGGCGGACCUGAGCAGCCAUUACAAAUACAUCUCGCUUUGACUGGAAAGCCAACUGAAAUGAGAGUGAUGUGGGUCUCUGGCACUGGUGAGGCUUUUUACUAAAAUAACAUGAAGUAUGCUGGCCCUACUUACCUUCACACGUAAAAAUGAACAAGCUGUUCCCAGUUGAUAUCGACAGGGUUGCGCUGCACUCUCAGAACAAGUUGUUAACAAUGUUGUUGCAGCGUUGUGCAGUUGUAACAAUACUGUAACAAUAUUGUUGACAACUUGAGCACAACUUUGUUCAAGCCUGUCAAUUUCAACCAGAAACAACUGAGUCGUGGGUUUUACGCGUGUAGACUUACCUUGUAUCCACAUAAACCUUAUCCACCUUACCAACCAAAUGUUUCUGUCUACCAGAUCAGGCACCCAUUGUGAAGUUUGGUCGCAGCAAAACAAAACUUGGCUCCGUCGCUGAAGGAAAGUCUCAGACAUACACAGCAGAUGACUUUUGUUCUCUUCAAGGAAAGUUUAUUGAUCCAGGAUAUAUCCACGAUGUACUUCUCACUGCCUUAGAACCAUCCACAGUUUAUUAUUAUUCAUGUGGUGUGACAGGGGUGAGACAAUGUAGACUUACCUACCCAACCAACCAAAAAUUCACCCACCCACUUACCUAUCUACCCACCCACUUACUACCUACCUACCCACCUACCUAUGUACCUACAGUACCUGUCCUCUAUUUACCUACCUUGGCUACGAAAAACAAACGCUAAUAUAUGUUUUACCAAUUCUAUUUCAGCACAUGAGCUCAAUAAGAUCAUUUAAAACAGCACCACAGAUUGGACCAGACGUUGGUUUUAAGUUUAUAGUAUAUGGUGAUCAUGGCAUACUACCAGCGGCCUACAGUACUGCAAAAUAUGUUUUAAAUGAUGUAAAGAAUGGUUAUGAGUUUAUUUUUCACAACGGAGACAUCUCUUAUGCCCGAGGCAUGGUAAGUCCAGCUUAGCCUCCUCCGCAGGCAUCGCCUUUAGAUUAGCAGGCAGAAUUUCGUUGCAAACAAAAACAUUCUAGUGCAAUCCAGGUGAAUCCUGCGGAAAAGGUUCCAACCAUUAUUUCAUGAGUUUUCAUGUGUACCGAACAAUUAAUUGCGGAAGUCUCAUUGUUUUUCUUUCUUUGCAUUUUCCGAGUCUAAGUUUUGUUAUACAUACAUUGUUUUGAUACCACACAAACAUAAAAUAACUGAUAAAUUAAAUACUGACUGGUUUAAAAAAUUACAUCAUACACUCAAGUUAUAUACUGAUAUAACGAUUUAAAACGCAACAAAAUAUAUUCAAAAACUCCACUAACCAGGUGCGGUGAGAUACUAUUCCUUCGUAUGCACUCAAAUUUCGGAAGUGUUUAAUGAAACAAUAUUUGAUCUUUUACCAGGAGUAUAUUUGGGAACAAUGGCAUGCACUGAUUGAACCAUACUCCAGUAUAGCACCAUAUAUGGUAGGUAUUGGUAAUCAUGAGCAGAACCAUAUUGAUGAUUCGGGCAAGGAUCCUAGUGGGGUAAAAGGGGAUGGUUGGCAUCCUUGGUGGGGUACAAUGGAUGAUGAUUCGCAUGGAGAGUGUGGAGUGCCAAUGUUCUAUCGUUUUCAUAUGCCUGAUAAUGGCAACUAUGUAUGGUGGUAAGUCUUCUAAUUGAUCAAUAAUUGAUAAUAUUAAAGUAGAAUACAGUCAUCGUUACCAGUCCGAUAUGAGAAGAAUCAGUCUAACAGGUUUUCUCCAGAUCCAACCAAACACUUUUCUCUCUCUCCGUUCACCCAGGGCAGGAUGAAUUCGGAACUGUACUCAAAUUCGUCCGCUUGGAAGAACAGUUUAGAACUAAUAGAGCUGAUCAAGUAGAAAUAAAGUUAGUUGAGUUUAGAAUAUAUCGUAAGAGUGUUCUUUAAAAAAUCGUUUCUAUUUAGGUAUAGUUACAACUAUGGCAUGGUCCAUUUUAUCAUGAUCAGUACAGAACAUGAUCUCAGUCCAGGAUCAAGGCAAUACGUUUGGUUGCAAGAAGAUUUAAGAAAUAUUGACCGUUCAAGAACCCCGUGGGUAAUCCUUGGAGGACAUCGACCAAUGUACACCAGUGAAAUCGAUCCUGGUAUGUGAUAAUAUUCUCGAUCAAACGCAUUAAUAACUUAUGAGCGAGAAACAUGACCGAAAUCAGUACCGUAUUACCGUAUAAGCCGAGUUACACAACACGACUUUUUCCUAAAACUGUCGCAUGCAACCUGCUUACAACUUAGGUUGUAGUGUGUAAAUGAAGCACACACGUCGCUUACGUUGUGGUGAGUUGUGUGCUUGACUUGAUGAAUCUACUCUGUGGUGUAAACGUAGCUUUUACACACUGCAACUCACUGUUGUUGGCAGGUAAGCAACAGUUGUGUUGUUACCACAGUAAUAAAAGGCCAUAAAUCAAAUGUCGAGUGUCUCUGUAAAUACUGUUUUUUGGGGAAGUUAUUUCAUACAAGAAAACUGGAGUUGAUGAGUUAAUAUAAUAAUUUGAAAUACCGAAAAGUGUGUCGAAAAACGUGGUUGGUUUGAAAGCUAUCUUUCACACUUUCCUAACGUAGCACAAAUACCAAUUGAUUUAUGUUUUAUUUAGAAAAUUUCGUUGUGGCGUUGGCAUUUCAGUUUCUAUUCGAAGACCUAUUGUACCAUUACAGAGUUGACUUGGCAUUCUGGGCACAUUACCACAGCUACGAACGGACAUGCGCAGUUUAUAAAAAUGCAUGUACUAAGGAUGGUAUUGUGCACAUUGUUAUUGGUACUGCUGGAAAGGAAGCUGAUUGGCCGCCGUAUCUGCCACCUAAUUGGUCCAAAUUUCGCCGCCAUGUUGAUCCGUAUGGUUACGGUCGGGUAACGCUCGCGAAUCGCUCGGCUUUACAUUUUGAAUAUUUCGUGAAUAGCGAGGAGAGAGUCGUUGACGAGGUUUGGUUGUACAAGGAUAACUAG